UGAACGAGUCUUGUGAGAAGAACCUGCGGGAUCACCAGACAUACCGCGACACAUACAUGGACACGUCUGAUUGGCUGGGCUCGGCCAUGGACAAGCUUGGUCUGUGCAGCGAUGUGAGGGGAGACAGGCAUGCUAUUGAGGCACAGCUGCACAAGGUUGAGGAAAUCGCUGUAACGAGUGAAGUUGGGCGCAAGAAGCUGCAGGAAGCCCAGCAGAAGGGCGACACGGUCAUCCCAGAGACGUCCAGUCAGGGUCAGGAGCUCAUCAACGAGGAGUUGGAGAUGCUGACCAAUGACUUUGAGGGCUUCGAGUCGGACCUCAGUGACCUGAAGAAUACACUCACCACUUUGCGUGAUCAGUGGACUCGGUAUGAAGAGUUUUACGAACAGCUCAGCCACUGGAUCAAGGACACAGAAAAUGCCAUGAAGGCCGACUCUGAUCUGCGCGCCUCUUUGGAGCAGAAGCUGGAGCAGAUUAACAGGCACAAAGCUGCCCAUGAGGAAACAGUUCAACAGCAGGAAUCAUUUGAUCAUCUCGCUGAGCAGGCCCAGAUCUUGAUGCAGUCCUCCACAGAUGGAAGAGUGUCUACUCAAUUGACACAACUCAGCUCUCGUUACUCCGCGCUCAUCACCCUUUCCAAGGAUCUGCUGAAGCGCUAUGAGCAAACUGUGCAGGAUCACCAGCACUACAGUGAUGCAUUCAGCCGGUCGCGUGCCUGGCUUCAAGAAACCAACGACCGUCUGUCUGUUUGUGCCGAUACCUCUGGUGACCGCUACACCAUACAGACACAGCUGGAGAAGCUGCAGGAGUUUGUGGUGGUGAAGGAGGAGGGCCAGAUCUACUUGCACACGGCCAUAACCUGGGGGGAGAAGGCCAUGGCGAACACCUCAGUGGAAGGUCGUGAGGUUAUCCGGACAGAGCUACAACAGCUACAGGUGGACUGGGAUCUGAUGAUUUCUCAGGUCACAGACACCAAAGUGAUGCUGGAGUCCUGUCUACUGCAGUGGAGCGACUACAGCGCCUCCCAUGAGCAGGUGCUCAAGUGGCUGAAGGACAUGGAGAAACGCCUGAGGGACACGCAGCCCAAGGCUGAUCUCAGUGAGAAGAAGGCUGAGUUACAGAGGGUUAAGGGUUUGUACCAGGACAUUGUGUCCUAUGAACAGAUGGUUGAGUCGGUCACCUCCAAGGCCACUGACCUGGCAGAGAAGAGCCCGGCCAGUCGAGCCACAAUUGACACAUCCCAGAUUUCAGCACGCUACACCAGUGUCAAAGAGCAAGCCAAAGAUCUCCUGGCCCGCAGCGAGCAGAACGUGGCCCACCACCAGGACUUCCACGACAGCUGUAACAGCUUCUCUUCCUGGCUGCGCACGGACAUUGAGAAACUGACCACCUGCUCCGACACGUACGGGGAGAAGUCUGCUAUUGAAGUCAAGAUUGAGAGGGCAAAGUCGCUGGUCGCCAACUUGACAGAAGGUACACAGAGGCUCUCACAUGCCACGAAAGCAGGGGAAGCUACUCUACCUAGUACAUCUGCUUCUGGCCAGACAAAGAUUCGACAAGAGUUGCAGGCCAUGAACAAGGACUUUGAGGAUUUCAGAGUUCAACUUGUUCAGACGUGCCUGACCCGCUGGGACGAGUUUGAGGAAAGCUACCAGGAGUUUGGCAACUGGCUCAGGGAGACGGAGGUGUUGCUCCGCUCAGAGCUCGAUCUCAAGGCCACGGUGGAGGAGAAGAAACAGCACUGGGAGGAGUACCAGCUUCAUCUUGAGGAUGCCAUCUCACAUCAGUCGUCACUUGAUCGGGUCAGCGAGAAAGCCCAGGCACUUUUGCAAACCAACGCCGACGCCAAAACAUCCCAUGCCAUUACACAGCUGACCACUCGGUACCAUGGAGUCAUCGCUCUUGCCAAGGACAUCAGCAGCAACUUGGAAGCCUACUACAACAACCACCGGCUGUACAAGCAGAAUCAUCACCUGUUUGUGGACUGGCUGCGUGAGGUCAAACAACGGCUCAAGUCCGUCAACGAUGAUCGUGGAUCUAAGGACACCGUCAGUGACAAACUGAUGGAAGUUGAUGAGAUCCAAGGCGCCCUGGACCAAGGCCACACCAUCCUCCGCACGGUGCUGGACAGCUGUGAGAAAACUCUGCCAAACACCAACCAGAGAGGAGUGCACAUCAUCAGGAACGAGGCUGACACAGCGAAAUCUGACUACGAGAACAUCCUCACACAAGUCUCACAGGUGAAGCGUAGUCUGGAAGGAUCCCUGGGUCACUGGGAAGACUUUGAGCAUCUUUUCCAGCAAAUGUCCGACUGGAUCACUGAUGUUGAGCGCCGUCUGGGUUCAAGUCCAGACUUCAAAGCAGAUCUGCCAGAAAAGAGGUCUAGCCUUGAGAAGUACAAGGCCUUACAGGCAGACAUUUUGGCUCACAAGGAUCAGCUGGAUCGUCUGGAGGAGAAGGCCAGCCAGGUCAAGGAUGGUGUGCCAAGGUCAAGGACAGCUGAGCUCAGGGCUAGAUACAAUGCCUUGGUGGAGAAUAGCAGGGAUGUCGUUGGUAGUGUUGAGGAACAGGUUGGCAGCCAUGAAGACUACCGCAAGGCGUACAUCAGCUGUCUCGACUGGCUAGCAAACACAAAGCACAGACUGCAGAGGCUCGCGGACUACUCUGGAGACAAAAGGACGCUGCAGGACAGACUUCAUCAGCUAAGGGAGUUCAAGUCCGACCUCAGCCAAGGCCAGGAGAUGUUGAACCGUGUGGCUGCGCUAGGAGACACUCUGUGUCGCACGACAGCUUCCCGCGGCCAGACCGUGGUGCAGAAGGAAAUCGAGGGUCUGAGAGAAGACUGGACAGCCUUCACAGCCGCUGUGUCCAACGUGGAGCGAAACCUGGAAGCUUGCAUCUCCAACUGGGCCGAGCUUGAUGAGGAGCAACAGGCUUUCCUGACCUGGCUUGAUCGUAUGGACGCCCGACUCUUACAGUGUCUGGAGAAUAAGUCCAACCUGGCUCGGAAGAGAACGCAGCUUCAGGAGGGAGAGGAUCUGUAUGAUGAGAUCCUGGCUCACAAGUCUGAGCUCAACAAAGUGCGUGACAAAGGGGACGCAAUCGCUCAGCGCAGCAGUGACAUGCGUGUGUCCAACAACGUCAUGCAACUGUCCACCAAGUAUCAAGCCUUGUGUUCUAGUGCAAAGCACACGGUCUCACGCCUGAAGGAACAUGUACAUGACCACAAGGUGUAUGAGGAGGCUCUGGACGCUGCAGCCACCUGGCUCAAGAUGAUGACCAAACGUGUCCAGACGUGCAGUGACAGUUCUGGUGACUGGCACGCCAUCCAGGAGAGAAUUGAAGACAUCAAGGAUGUGACAGCCAGUAUGGACGACGGCCUGCAAAAGGUGAACUACGUUUGCGACCAGGCUGAGAAAAUUCUGCCACACACCUCUCUCGAGGGCAAAAAACUGAUUGAAGAACACAUCACAGAACUGACCAAUGACUGGGAGAAGCUGAACGCAGCCAUUGCUGAGUGCACGGCCAUGCUGGAAGGUGUUCAGCAGCGCUGGCACGAGUACGAGCAGUACUACGGCAGUCUGGUCAAGUGGUUGGCUGACACGGAGAACUCGCUCAAGGCCACCCCAGAACCCUGUGCUCAGCUGCCGGAGCGGAAGACACAGAUGGAUAAGUUCAAGAUGAUCCUGGCAGACAUUGAGAAUCACCGACGUCUGGUCAACGAGCUCGCUGACCGUGUAGCCAAUCUGGAGGCUCUGUGUGACAAUCCAGGUGUCUCUGACAGCCUGGCUGACAUCCAGGACAGAUACGGCAAAGUGGUGGACAAAGCCAGAGAUGUGGUGGAGGUGUUGCAGCGCGGUUACGACGAGCACCAGUCCUUCCAGGAGGCCCAGCAGGACUGUGAGAAGUGGCUGCUGAGCAUGUCCUACCGCCUCAUGUCCCACAACACGCUCAACGUCUCCACCAUGGAGCUCACCAGCCGGCAGAUCGACAAACACAGGGUCCUUCUGCGAGAGAUAGAAGACUACCGUCUGACCCUGGACUCUGUGAGCCGCCUGGGUCAACAGCUGAUCCUGAGCAACCGCCGUGUCCCCCAACUGGCCACUUCUGUCCAGGCACAACUAACCAACCUGGAGGAGAGCUACCUGAACCUGCAGUCCACGGCACACCAGAUCCGGGACCGACUGAACGAGAUCCUGCAGAAGUGGCAGGCGUACAAGGACCUGCUGGACUCCACCCACGAAUACCUCACUGAGGACUUUCCCGAGUGGCUGGCGGCGGCCGAGAAGAACGUGCCGGACAACUUGGCAGAGGCUCAGAAACAGAGGGAAUCUACUCAGGCUGAGCUGGAGAAGCUGUACGCCAUGAAGCAAGAGCUCCACAACGCUGUCCACCGCUGUGAGAACCUGGGCAGCACUGACCAGCUGGACAAAGCUGAGGAGGACAUGGAGUCUGCCGUGUCCCAGUUUGCCGAGCAGGUCAACUCCGAGCUGGCCACAUGUGUCAACCAGGCCGAGAAACGUCUGGACAGACUACGAGACAUGAUGCGAAAGUGGGACUCCGUGGACCGGAUGCGACAAGAACUCCGCCACUGGCUCCAUAACAAACAGGAAGAGUUACGGGACUUGGAGGAUCAGCCUUCCAAGCUGCACUCUGAAGCAGCCCAACUCGACAUUGAUAGGCUCAAGACGUUCCGUGACGAGGUGAGAGCGAGGGCUCCUGCCAUCGAGGAGCUCCAGAGUCACUACAGAUCACUGACUCAGCACAACCCUGACUCUGUGGACCCUGUCAUUAGGGCUAUCCAGGACGACUGGGAAGAGCUACUGGGCCAGCUGGACAUCCUCCUCCACGAGCGGGAAGCGGCUAUGGCGCAGGCUCGGGCCCUGCAGGCCCACCAGGACACCAUGGACGAGGACCUGGAGAACUACGUGCGGGAACUCGAGCGGAUCGACCGCGCCGACAACCCCAUGCUGGAUAAGAGCUUACAGAUGCAGAAACUUUCCGACGAGGUGGACGCGAAACGCGAGUCUGUGCAAGUCUUGAAGGGGCAAGGCUCGGAGCUCACUCCCAAACUCAGUCAGCGGGAUGGUGAGCUGGUGGAGGAAACUAUCAGGAGGUGGAGCAGGAGCUGGGUCAGAAGCAAGUCACCUUGGACAGUGUGAGCCACAAGGCACAAGCCAUUCUGGGUGAUCUCCCUUCGCAGUCUGCUGUGGCCAAGAUUCAGGGCCAGGCUGAGAGAAUCAACGAGCUAAAGGUCAAGACUGUGGAAUUGACAGAAGAGAACAAUGAUGAUGAUGUGAAGGAGGAAGUGGAGAACACGAUGCAAGGUCUGAGCCAGCAGCAUGAAGAACUACUGAGCCUGUUCAAACAACAUCAGAACAACUUGAGGGACUGUGCCGACUCGCGGAGAAAGUUUGAGGGAGACUAUCAGAAAAUCGAGCGCUGGUGUAGAGAGACGGGGGUACAGUGUGAAACGCCUGUGCCUGUGGAGUGCUCUCUGGAUGUGCUGGAAGAGCAGCAUAAAGUGUACAAGAACCUGAACAACACUGCUCAGGUGUUUGAGUCUUUGCUGACCCAGACCAAAAAAUUGGGGAAGAGUUAUUUUCCUUCUCUGUGUGAACCAGACAAACCUGUGCUACAAGAACAACUGGAUGCAUUGGACACUUUGUAUAAGAGAGCCUCUGAGCAGGUUCAGGAACGACUCAACUCCCUGGAAAUGGCCAUAAAGUCACGUGGUCAGGUCCAAGAACAGAUGACCGCUGCUGACCAGUGGAUCAAGUCUAUGCAAGAUGAACUACGCCAGACAAGCAGUCUCAUAGGUCACCAAGUUCAGGAUGCGGAGCUCCUACUCAAAGUUUUUGAGAGCAUUGAAGAAAAGCUGCGUGGUUUCCAGCCAACCAUGUCAGAGCUGAACAACUGUGUGGAGCAGUUACGAAAGGAUGGCCAACACACUGAGGCAGACAACAUUGUGCGUCUAUCAGAUGCGUACGAUUUGCUCACAGAUCAGACACAGCAACGACAGGCAGUGUGUACAGCGGCGAUCGCGGGGCGCCGGAACUUUGAGGAACACAUGUGUGCACAAGAACUGUGUGUGAAGGAGUGUGAGGAGGAGCUUAGUGACAUCAAAGAGCAGGGCUUGUCUGUGGCUGAGCGACUUGAGAAAUAUAAGAGUCUUUUAGAACAAUUGCAAGAAGUGGAACCUGAGCUUACAGUUGCGCUGGACAGAGGUCAACAAAUCGGCCAACAGGGGACAGAGGAUGACCUUGCAGCUGUUACAGACAGGGUUCAGCAGCUGAGUGCUAAGGUGAAAGAGUUGAAAGAAACCAUAAAGACUCAGAUAGGACAGUGUGAGACAAUCCAGCGAGACAGGGAAGGCUUUGAGGUGGCUCUCUCCGAGCUGGUGGCCUGGUUUGAGGAGAAGGAGGACGUUCUGGCCACCUGUAAGACUUUACAUCUAGACGCAAACAAAGUGUCACCCGUCAUUGAGAAGCACAAGCUAACUGUCUCUGAGGCACAGGCCAGGCUCGCAGCUACCAAGGACAAAGCCUCAGUGGAAUGCCAACACUUCGAGGAGAUCCAAGAACCGUUGCCCUCUGACCUCUCAGAGAAACUGGAACAGAUCAAGACACUGGAGGAGUCUAUCGGGGAGGCCACAGAGAAGAAAAAGCAGUAUUUGUGUGAUGCUCAGAGUGACAGGAAGCAGUUUGAGAACUCCAUACGACAAAUUUCUGAUUGGCUGAGAGGGGCGGAGGAGCUGCUGGACUCUGGGGUGGACGGUCUGGACUAUGACACGCUGGAGGGCACCCUCAGUGAAUACACGGACUAUUUCACCGAGGCCAGCUUGUGUCAGGAUGAGAUGGAGCAGAUCUCUGACCUGUCGGAGAGAAUGAUGCCCACCCUGGACGCCAACGACAGCACCACCCUGACGCAGACGUUGGCCCACAUGAACAAGAAGUAUGCGUCUGUCAUGACCGCCUCACAGAACAAGCAGACGAUGAUGGAGGCCAAGGCAGCGCAGUGGAAAAAAUUCCUGGAGAAUCUUUCUCAAAUAAAUGGGAGACUGGACACUCUCGAGUCAGAAUGGGCUGAGGUAGACAAGAACACAGAUGCCAGUCCUGAUGCCGUCCAGAUACAUUUGGAACUGGUCAAGACAUUCCUGGAACAUGCAGAGAGCAGUCGCCCUCUGGUGGAUGACCUCAACGAAACUGCCAGGGACCUGGAACGCACCGGUCACUUCAACAGCCGAACUGUCAUCUCCAGACUGAUCACAUCGGUCAACCACAGAUGGGAUAACUUAACAGGCCAAGCUGAGGCUAGGGUAGUGUCCCUUGAGGAGAUUGAGGGCCAAUGGGGCGACAUUACAGCUAUGAUGUCAUCAGUGCAGACACUGGUCCAGGAAUCGGAGACAAGACUUAUGCUUAUCUCCCCCUGCAAACCCACCCAGGAAGAACUACGGAGAGAAUUGGACACCCUAAGGGAGCUGACUCAGAAUCUGGAGAGAAUCGAACCUCAAGUCCACCGGCUCCAGUCCUCCAGCCUGACACUACAAAGAGCGCUACCUACAGCUGAGGCUAAGAUUUCUUCACAGGAACACUUCAUGGUUCUGGUGGAGAAAUACGAGAGACUGGUGGAAAGAGUGAAGGAGGAGACGGCCAGUGUUCAGGACGAGGUGGAUGAUAGAGAUGGGUUCCUGUCCGAGCUGGAGCGGUCAGUGAAGUGGAUGCAGGAGACUCUGGUCACUGUGAGGGGGCUGGACAGUGACGGGGGAGCCGGGGAAUCCACGGAUGGGCUCAGUCGGCUGAAGGUAUAUGAGCAAGACUUCAACUCGCACGUGCAGCAAACCAGUCUGUCGGAGCAGUCCAGGCGUGAGAAGUACGCCGACCAGGGAAGGGAACUCCCGUCCGACAUGGCGGACAAGCUGGUGGAGUUACACGGUCUUGAAGAAGAGUUGAGGGCGGCGCUGAAGGAGAAAGAGGAGGAGCUUGUGCACCUGAAGGCGGAGCGUGCCGAGUACAGGGCGUUACUGCAACGUGUCUCCGGCUGGCUACAUCGGACCGACAUUCUGCUGCAGGAGAGAGUGGUGGACAUCCCAGUGGCCAGACAGGCUCAUGAGGCUUUGCUACUGGAAUUUGAGGAGUUCAAGCCACAGUUGGAUGCUCUACGUACCAAGGGAGGGGAGAUAAUCCGGCAUAGUUCAGACCCGGAGGAGAAGCAGACGGUGCAGAAGACACUUGCUGACGUCAACAGGCAGUGGCUCUCUCUGCAGGCAACAACAGCGGACCGGACACAAGAACUGUCAGAGGCGGCGGACCUGUCACAUGCCAUCGAUGAUGUGGCCAAUGGCGUGCAAGAGUGGGCAGAGCAAGCCGAGGGCGUGGUGAGGGAGGAGCUUGCCUGGACAGACUUUGACAGACUCAAAGAGCAACUGCGGGCCCACAGGCGUGUGCACAAGGAAAUCGACUCUAACCAAGACAAGGUCGUUGCCCUGAGCGCCAUGGUGAAGCAGUUGGAGCAGGUGUGUGACUCCCCGCGAGCCAACACACGUGUCCUUGACCUCAAAGGUCGCGUUCAGACCGUGCAGACCAAGGCAGGCGUACAAUUGUCUGCCUUGGAAGAUGCCAACCGCCGAAUGGAGGACUUCGAGAAAGAGGUCAACGAACUGAUGAGAUGGCUGGAGUCCACUCGGGCCAGGAUGACCAUGAGGGACACCACACGUGACCUCAGAGACCAGCUGGCCGUGCAGGAGCGUCUCCUGGAGGAUGUGGUCAGCAAUCGUGCCAGGGCGGAGGAGGUGGUGGCCCAGCACCCAGAGGCGUCCGGAGAUGUCCAGUCUUCGUCUCUUCCCGGCCAAAGUACGCUCACCCAAGCUGGGCACCUCAUGUCGGAGAUGGCGCUUCUGGAGACUACCGCCACCGAACAAAGAGAGAGUUUGAGACUAGCCGUGUCGGAGCAGGAGAAGUAUGAGCAGGAACUGAGCCAGCUGAACAGCGCCAUCUCGGAGGCCCAGCAGCAGCUUCUUGCCUCCCCGGUCACGGCAAGCAGUGUCGGGGCGCUGAAGCAGCAGAUGGCUGAACAUAAUAACUUGGCGGCUCAGAUCAAGGGAUAUCAAACCCGCGUGAACGAGAUACAGGAGAAGAGCCGACAGUUGUCUCUGGACAGCGCUCAGCUCAGUCCCAGCGUGUUCCGCAAACAUUAUCUGCCCGAGUCGGCCUACAGCGACUUCUUCUCGGCCACCCAGCUCCAGCAGAGAGCGGCGUCCCCUCUCCCCGCCACCAGCCCCUUGUUCUAUGAGACGAUGCCUCGCUACGAGUCUCAGUCGCCGAGAUCCUUUGACGAGGCGCCGGUCUCGUCUGCGAGAGAACGUCGUGGGGUGGAGGACCCGCCUAAAACUGUGAAGUCACGAAUAACGUCUCUGAGCGACGCCCCGACCUCUAAGACCCUACCUUCGCCAUUGUUGAAGAAACCGGAUAAAAUUCCAAAGCCCAUGUGGAGCCAGGGGGUCCCGGGUUCAGAUCUGACCAAAAACUACCAGACAAUAAGCUCUCCCUCUGUGUCUCAGAGUUAUGAUAGUACCAAACAAAGCUCUAGAGAUUUUGACCGUACGGAAUCUCCGCCCCACUCUGCCAGGAGUUACACGACGCCACCUUCCUCGGCGAGGUCUGUAGACAGCCAGAAUACUGUGACCCGCUACGGUAGUCCCUUCAAAUCAACAUCGCAGACCACUGAAAAGGGGCCUUCAGUCUCCCAAUCGUUUGACGCUCCAACGUCUUCUAGAUCUCUCGAGACAACCAGUUUUGACAGUGGGCUGGACAGCGCAGCGAACGUCUCCUCUUCCUACACUCUCCAGUUCCACCCAAGCCCCUCCUCCUCCAUCGCAUCAGUGGCAGAAAAACUACGAGCGUCCAGCGAACGUCUGUCAAAACAGCCGCCAGCGGGUGGUCGCCCUACGGAACUGAUACGAAUGCCACUGGGUUCCGACCAGUCAGCGAGCCAGCAGUCGGAGAGCAUGACAUCUUUCAGAUCGGACGACAUGGACGCCGCGUCGCCUCAGAUAUCUUUCUCUCCUCGAGGAGCUGCUUCUUCCGCCACCGUGGCAAGCGGCGCCAUUUUGUCCUCGCUACCAUUCCAACACGGGGUCACGGGCGGCUUAAAGAGUUCGUCAGAGUCCAACCUGUACUCCGGCCGGCCUGGGCAGACGAUGGACGCGAGGUCCAGCGAGAGCGCUCAUUUCAGCGGCGCCAAUGCCACCUCGACACCACGAGAAAAGGUUUCAGAGACAGAGACCAGAGAGCGGAGCUCUUCCUUCGGGAACCCUGUGGAGCCGAUGGGCCGACCUCUGGGUCAGUCGGCGGCCCCUGGGGGUCAGCUGGGCGAGGUGGACCUCUCUUGGAACACCCUGCAGGAACAGGACACUGUGGCUGAGAUGGAAGGUAUCGGUGAUGAUAUCGCGAGAGUACGAGAGAGCGGGGAGCAGCUGAUGGAAGCCCCGGAGUCAGAGAGCUACAAGGCCAUGCAAGCUACGCUGACCAUGUUGGAGGACCGAUACAACAACCUCAAGACUAUGGCUGACGACAAGGGCAGACAGUUACAGGAGGCCAAGAAAGACCAGGAGAAACACAACAUCUCCCUGGCGGCCUACAAGAAACGUGUGGAGAAACUAGAGGAGUGGCUGGAUGAGACAAAGGCCAGGCAGGCGGCACCGCUGCCUUCUGACAACCCUCGGGCUCUGCAGGCUCAGCUCGAUGAAAACAGGGAAAUCCAGGAAGAAAUCAAUGGCCAUUUGCGACAGCUGUCUGACCUUGCCCUUCAGUGUGACACCCUGUGUGAGAACGAGGCCCCUGCUUCUGCAGAAAGACUGCGUAACCAACUGGUUCACCUACAGACGGAGCUGGGCCAGUUCAAACUCGUGACGAUAGAGAAGCAGGCACAGCUGCGGGUUGCCAUCAAAGAAGCUGAGAAACGUCAACGAGAGAUGGCGGAACACGACUCGAGCGUACAGCGGCUGCAACAGUGGAUGACUGACACAAAAGAGUUGACCAAAGCUGCUGGUCAGUCUACUAUCAGUAUGACUGGUUCUCAACAAGACAUCCACAAGGAGUUGGCAACAGACAUCAAACAGCACAAGCAGCUCGUUCGCCAAAUCAGCGACCGAGGACUGCGAUCGGCAGCACCGGGCUCUGCUUUAGCUAAGUCGUCUGAUGCGGAGAUCCGACAGAGCUGGGAGCGACUUCAUUCAGAGCUGGAGAAGAAGAAAAAGAACCUGGAGACGAUUCUCAGGACACGAAAACCUGGGGAACUAGUGAAGAUCUCCCUACAUGCUCCGGCUCACCAUGCAGACUCUGCUCGGCAGUUACAAGAGGUCAAGGCCAUCAUGGGUGACUUAGGGGAGUGCUGGAAUGACCUUCAAGGUCAACUGGAGGUCAAGCAGCUGCACCUUGAUGAGGCUUUGACUUUCCAGCAGCAGUACCAGUCCGCACUUCAGAACGUCUCAGGCUGGCUGGAUCUGGCUCAACAACAGCUGUUUACUGUACCGGCCACCACUGAGGAGCACAUCCGGCAAAAUGAGAAGUUGCAGAAGGAGAUUCGAUCCUUGCAGGCCGAAGUCACAUCUAUGAGCGAACAGGCAGAAGACUUGCUCACAUCCACGGGCUCCGCUAACCGCGAGCUGGUGGAGAAAUGCCUGAACAGCCUGUACGAGAGGGUUCGAAUCAUGGAAGAAACUGCCCAGUCCCAAGCGGAGGACCUUCGUAGCGCUGACCGCCAGUGGCGGCAGUACAGAGACCAGGUCAACGAGCUGAAGCAGCGACUGCAAGACACACAGAAACUGGUGCUGGCCCCGAGCUCCACGCAGUCCUUGGAUCAGCUCAUGUCCAAUAAUCAGAAAAUUGAGGUUCAACUCAAGAAGUGUGAGAGCCAGCUGGAGGAGCUAAAGGGUCAAGAGUCCAGCCUGACCACUGCCUAUCCUAAGGGCGUGUUUCCCUCGGAGCUUGCCACUCUGCAGGCCAACUACAUGGAAUUGCAUCGACGGGCUAUGGAGAAGAAGGCAAGCCUCCAGCGCUCUGUGUCAGUACAGGAUCAGUACCAGAAGAUGAUCAAAGACUACUCCGAGUUCCUCGAGACUGCACAGGACAAACUGAAAACUGAUGCCAUCUCAGCCCGAGACCUGAACCAUCUCAAACAACAGCUGACUGCACACAAGGACUUUUUCAGCGACCUUGAAGUCCACAAGGCAAUGUUGGAUGCUCUAGCUGGUCAGAGUGACCCGAAGACACGAGAGCAGCACCAGCAGCAACAUUCAUCGCUUAGCAACCUGACGCAUGUACUUGUGGACCAGGCCAGUCUUCAUGGACAGAGACUGGAAAGACUGACUCGCCAGUGGACAGAGAUGGAUGAGAAGCAUGUACGUCUACAGAAGGUCAUGACUUCUCUCGAGUCCCGCGUGCCUCGACCCAUCGCCAGCGGAGACUCACUGACCACCAUACAAGACAAACUGGCAAAAUACAAGCAACUCCAAGCAGAGCUGUGUGAUGAAAGGAAUGCUGUCUUUGAAGUGGUGGACAAAGGGAAGCAAAUCUUGCACAGCGUCAACUGUCCCGCGCUGGAGAGCGCUGUCACCGACAUGGCGGAGAAGUGGGUGUCGCUCAACACUGACCUCACACACGAGCUGAAGCGGACGGAGACCCUGGGUGACCAGUUGUCCAUAUUUGAGAAGGAGGCUGCAGUGUUGACCUCAUGGCUCAGUGCCGCCAAGAUGAAGUUGACCAGCUUCAAGCAACUCUCCGCCACAGAUCUGCAGAAUAUUGCAGCUAUACGGACAAAGGUGGAGAAAGUUCUGGAGUUUAAGAAAGAGGUGGAGGGUCAGGUGGCGCUGAAGACUCGUGUGCUCAAUGUGGGCUACCAGCUAAUGCAGAACAAAAACUACGACACCCGUGGUCUCUCAAACCGUCUUAGCGGCUACGAAGAGGAAUGGACAAAGCUGGAGAAGGGCAUCAGUGAGACAGAGGAAUUUUUGCACCAGGCACAAAUGAAAGUGAUGCCCUCACGACAGGCACUGACCGAGCUAACCAGCUGGAUAGAGGAAAUUAACAAAGCGCUGAAGCAAGAUGCCAAGAAGAGAAUCAAGAAAGUGGCAGACAUUGAGCUGUUGGUGAAGAAGUAUAAGGGUUACAAGAUUGAGCUUUCCAGCAAACAGAUGACUUUGGACUUUGUCAACCAGUCGGUGCUGGCCCCACAGCCAGAGGAGGUCGACAUUGAUGCUGAGAAGAUGGAGUUUGCCGAGAAGCUGGGGGACCUCAACCAAAAGUGGAAGCAGGCGGUCAAAGAUGUCAACGACAGGCUGGCCACUCUUGAGAGUCUGCAAAGCAAAUGGGGCGAUUAUGAGAAGGCUUUGGAGCGACUACAAUUUUGGCUACGUGAACAGGAAGACAAGAUCAAACGGUACAAGCUGAUUGGUCACGAGGUCGGAGUGAAGCAGACGCUGAAAGACUGCAAGGCCCUCCAGCAGCAGCUACAGGCCAAGCAGAGUGACCUGUCCUCUGUCCACUCCCUGGGCAGUCAGCUCAUUGAACUGAGUCGGGAGUCACCAGGAUGCCAGCGGUCUGUCCAAGACAGCUUGACCGCUCUGGAUGAGAACUGGAAGAAACUGGAGGAGCAAACCCGGCAGCUGGAGAAUUUGUUGACAGACAUGUUUGGCCAGUGGGCGCGCUACCACACAGAGCUGGCCAGUUUGAACCAGGUGCUCACCCAGACGGAGUACGCCCUCAACCACUACACCCUUGUGGGCGGCGACAUCUCCACCCUGCGAGCUCAAGUGGACAAACUGAAAGGCCUUCAGUCAGAACUGAGGAACCAUGCUGGUCACUUGGAGUCCUUCUCCACCCUGGCCGGUCAGCUACGCCAGGUGUGUGAGCCCCCUGUACAGGUGGACAUCCAGAAGACUGUGGCCGACAUCCAGGCCAAGUGGAAACGGCUAGAGGCUGACCUCUCCGACAGGUGUGCCAAAUUUGAGGGUUGUCUACGUCAGUGGCAAGAGUAUGAGACACAAUACAACAGAAUCCGCGAUUGGCUGGAUACCAAGGAAGCCCUCUGCACUGACCUCAUUAAUAUGCGGGAUGACCCCUUGAAGAGGCCAGAGUCUCUCUCCAAGAGCAAAAAACUACAAAAGGAGCUAGACAAUGUCCAGGAGCAGGUGUCCAGUUUGUACCGGCUGAGUGACCAGCUGACCAGGAGCAUGAGCCCAUCCACUAUCGUCAUCAUCACGUCCCGGCAGUCUGCCCUGGAGCAGAGACUCCUGGCGCUCAGACAGAUCCUCUCCCAGCACAUCGGCACGCUCAACGAAGAUCUGUCCAUGCUGGGAAGGUUCAAUAAUGCAUUCGAGCUUGUGAAGAAGUUCUUGGACCAGGCUGAGACCACACUGAGACAAGCCGACCCGACGAAGGCAGCCGAGCAGCAUGUCCUCCAGAGGAGACUGGAAGAACUGCAGACGUUGUUGUACCAGUUCAGCAGCAACAUGAGCAAACUGGACGCAGUCAAUGACUUGGGGUACCGUUUGGCUCUCAAUGAGGCAGACGCUACACGCCUACGGGAACUGAACCACAAGUGGCAACGGCUCUACGAGGACGCAAGUGAUAGGUCAAGGUCAUUGCAGAGCGACGUGCUUGUACAACAGGACUAUACGUCCAAGUGCGAGACAUGGAUAGCCUUCCUAGCACAGACUGAGCAAGAUUUGGCCAAAGAGAUCAAAGGAAAUCUGCCCGAUCUGAUUGAUCAGCUCAGGAAGUGUAAGCAAUUUGAAAAUGAGAUGUACAGCCGCCAGCAGAUCCUUCAUGCCAUCAUCAGCGAUGGGCAAAAAAUGAUGCGUGCAGGAGAGGUGAAAGACAAAGAAGAGUUCCAGCACAAGCUUCAAUUAUUGACCGAGCAGUGGCAGAGUGUCAUGAGGAGAGCCAAUCAGAGGCGUGCUAUUAUUGAGGACAUCAUUGGCCAAUGGCAGCAGUUCAACUCUCUGAGUGAGCAACUGGGGAUGUGGCUCAAGGAUAAGGAGGAAGCCAUGAGGGCUUAUGAGUUUGAUUCUGCCUCUCUGCAGGUCAUCAGGAACCUUGCUGAGAAGGUCAAGACCACACAGUACGAGUUCAAGCUGCAGGAGAACAUAUUCAGCAAAGUUCAUGACCUGGGCAACGCCUUGCUGCCUCGUGCCGACACUGGAGCAGCUGCAGAGAUCAAGAAUACAUUGGAUCAGUUGCAACGUGACUGGUACAAAGUGUUUGGAACCCUGGAUGACCACCGGUCAAGACUGGACAGUGUCCACCGACAGUGGCAGGAUGGAGAGGAAGACAUUGAGGAAAUCCUGAACUGGUUGAAGGAGAUCAGACAGUUCCUGCACGCCCCACUGCCAUCCACUUACGACACAUUGCAAGCCGACAUGAACAAAUGCAGGGACAUUGCCACUUCAUUCCUAAAUUCAGAAGACAAACGUCAGAGCUUGUUGGCUCGCGAGAAGCAGCUGGGUCGCUCAGUGCAGCCUGAGGACAUGAACCUGCUCCAUCAAAGAAUCCGUCUGCUCAACAAACAGUGGGAGGAGCUCCGGCACCAGACACUCAUUCGAGAGCAACGUCUGAGUGAGGCAAUGUUUAGAUGGACAAAUCUGGGAGAGCGCAUGCGGUCUUUAAUGGACUGGAUCGAAGAUAUGGAAAUACGGGUCACAUCCAACCGAGAUUUACAUGUUGAGGACUUGCUGAAUAAACUUGAAACGGAGUACAAGGAAGAAAUGAUGGAGAAAGAACUGGAGAAGAAUGAAGUCAUCGAUCAAGGGAAAGUGCUGAUGAAGAUCAGUAGUGAAGUCCGAUCCUCAGAUAUUGAACAAAAGAUCUUACGACUAGAGGAUAAAUGGCAGCACCUUGUUGCUGUGAUGGACUUCAGACAACGCAAGCUGCAGGAGACAGUACUGGCUGUGAAACAACUGGACACCAGCAUGAAGAACCUGAGCCGCUGGUUGUCGGAAGUGGAGGAAGAGCUCACCGAGGUCAUCUCGUACCGAGACAGCAACCUGCGAGAGAUCCAGUCCAAGCUGCACCACACACAGGAGCUACAAGAAGACAUUGAGCGACACAGCGCCGGUGUGUCAUCCGUGCUGAACCUGUGUGAGGUGCUGCUGCACGAUUCCGACGCGUGUCCCACCGAGACGGAAUUCAAUGCCCUACAACACGCCAUGCGGAACCUCGAGAAGAGAUGGAGGAAUAUUUGUUCUUUGUCCCCCCAGCGACGCACAAGGGUGGAGGAAACCUGGCGAAUGUGGGAGAUAUUCCGCGAGGAUUGUCAUAAGUUCUCUGACUGGCUGACAGAGACGGAGAGUGAAGUUCGCCACCAUGAGGGAGAGGUGCCCAACAUCAGAGUUGCCAAAGAGGAGAUCAGGAAAUAUGAGAACCUCCAGAAGAAGGUCCAUGACCAUUUGGGUGAUCUUGAACUCAUCAACCGACAGUACAGACAACUCGCUAAAGAAGGUCGAACUGACACAGAUGGUUCGCUCAAGGUCACGAUGACCGACCUGAACAAUCGGUGGGAUGCUCUGCAGCUUCGUGUCACCGAGAUCAUGAAGACGCUGCGCCAUUCCUCCAGCAUCCGACAAGACUUUGACGCAACACGCAUGUCUCUCAUGACGUGGCUGACUGAGGUGGACGCCCAGCUCGCAAAUCUUCAAGAACUGACCAGCAUUGAUCUGGAAACAAAGGUCAAUGAAAUCAGGCGCAUUGAGGAUGAAGUGCACACCAAGAGACACAGGAUGGAGUACUUGGACCAGGCGGCUGUGUAUCUGAUGCAGAAGGGAGACAGUCAAGAAGCCUUACGUGUUCAGAGAGAGCUGGAUGAGUUCCGCGUGUACUCUAAACGCGUGUUGCAGCGCGUCGUCACUACACAACUGUACAUUGAGAGGAUGAUGGUCGCCCAAGUGGAGGACCUUCCCUCGAGUGUGGAUCGUCUCCGAGAGUUGAGAGAAGCAGAAGCGACCGCCACACUGAGUCAGGUGGAGGAAUACCUCAAGACGUCCCCUCCUGAAUCACCACCUAUGAGGAAAAGAACGGACGCAUCACCAAGUCGCGUGACCAUCCCCCCAGCACUACGCACAAGCUCCCCGAUUGGCAGGCCAGGGUCACCGUCCAGAAGGUCACGAUCGCCAUCCCCCAGAAGGUCAAGGUUGCCAGGGAGCGGUUCUGGUUCGUCAGCAAGGAUGAGUCCAAGACGAUCAUCAUCCCCAUCUAAAGUCGCCUUAGACAUCAUGGAUGGAAGAGAGUCUCCGCGACAUGACCUUGGGGAUCUCGAGCGCUCGGCAAAGAUUGAUGUCCUCAUGGAACAGCUGGUGGAGUCACUGGACGACUGCAACGUCAAACUGGCCAGGCUGGAGGCAACCAUGAGGUCCCAGGGCUCUGAUGCUGAACACAUGAUGCAGCUGAUGGUGGAGUGUGAGGUGGCGGUGGACAAUGUGCGGAGACUGGACCGCCUGCUCAAGACAGAGACCAGGGUGGAUGUCAUUGCCAGCGCUGAUGCAGAAGUCAGAUUGGUGAUACAGAGGUGGGAACACCUACAGAGGCGAGCCCUAGACCAGGACUUGAAGGUAUCCCAGGAGAGACAUGACCUGGUCCAGUUUGCCGGCGAGCUGGACAAUAUGCUGGCCUGGCUGGACGAGGCGGAGGCUUUGCAGGCCACCCACCGCACGCUCCCGUCGGACAUCAGCCAGCUGGACAGAGUUGUCAGGCAGUACAAAGACUUCCUGGUCCAGUUAGAGUCCAAGAAGAGCACAGUAACAUCGAUCAAUUUGCUCAGUCGUAACUACCUCAGUAUGAAAACGGCAGAAACAAGACAGCUGAAGGCAAAACUGAAUGAGAUGAACCAACGGUGGGAACUUGUUCUCACCAGAGCCACAGAUAUCCAGAGAGAUCUACAGCGAUCGCUGAUACAGUGCCAAGAGUUCCACCACACCAUCCAUGACUAUCAGUUGUGGCUCGAAGGAAUCGAGGCCAAAGUCCGGCAGUGCGAGGCCAUUCCUCCCAACGCAGAGGAGUCUGCUCUCUGGGCCAAGUAUGCCAUACUCAUGGAUCUGAACGGGGAACUGCUUCACAAACAAACCAAAGUCUACGCCCUCAAAGAAACCGCAGACCAACUGCUGGCCAGCACCGACUCGCCCGAGAUGUCAACUGCUCGUGAUAGCGCCCUCAUCAUCAACAACCGUCUCGGCGAUUUGCUGCAUCUGACAUCUGGUUAUUUGUCUAGUCUCGAGACUCGUCUGCAUAUCACACCCAAGCGAGGAAACACACCGAGCAGUUUUGAUCUGAGCGAGGAGAGGUCAUCUGGGUUCGGCAGUUUAGCAGCCUCAAGGUCAUCGACCCCUCACCGUCCAGGUCUUCCCACCACUGUCCGUAGGUCCCGAUCACCGUAUGCAAUCGCCCGACAGUUUCUAAUGAGAAUCGCAAGUCCUUUUCUACCAUCGAGCUCACAGGAUAGAGACAAUUUGAGUACAGAUCAUGAGACCGCAAGAGAAGUUUCGGCGCUCACAAAAUCUCAAGUCCGUCCAUCGUUACUUAUGCGUGUAAUACGUGCUGCCCUGCCUAUUCAACUGCUGUUACUACUGUUACUUCUCUUAGCCUGUCUUGUUCCUGUGUGUGAAGAUGAGUACAGCUGCCUGCUCAGUAAUAACCUGCGACACUCCCUCUCUCCAAUGUUGCGAUACACUGAUGGGGCCCCACCCACCUAGACAUUUUCUGAAAAAUCUUAUAAAAGUUUGGACCAAAAAAAAUCAAACCCUCAAACCUGCAGCCACUUACUUUGAAAUGAGAUGGUUUUGCGAAAAGUGAAUUCUUAUUGCUUGCAAAUCUUGAUCAAUGUUGCGACAAGUGUACAGAAGUUUGUUUACCCAUGUUACUUUCAUUUCAAUAAUGCAAAAUGAUGUCUUCAAUAUUUACCGAAGCAUUUCUUUCAAUUAUUCUUACUUAAGAACACUGGUGCUAAAAUUUGUUCUGAGUAGAGCCAUACUCUAUCUCAAUUGAUGGCCUUCUUUGGAAGCUUGAAUGAAGGAGGUCGUCAAUAGAUUUCCACGAAUGGGAACUUUUGACUGAAUAACAGGGUCAAGACAAAAAUUGUCAUUCAUUCCUUCUCAAAAGUAACCAAUAUCCGCUGUAGAAUUUCCCCAAAACAACCUAUAUCCUGUAAACAGAAUUUCCUCCUCGCGUGCAUUUAUUGAACCACCUUCCCCCAAAACUCAAUCAAGUGUGAAAGAGAAGAAAGAAACAUCAAAACAUCAAUGAGUAAUUUCACUAUAUUUUUCUUGAUCGUUGCUUUCACUGUCAUGGUAACAGUAACAGUAGAACAGUUCUUGCUUUUGGAACAGAAUGAACUGUGCCCAUGAAUUCAGUACUUCGUUUUUGCUCUUAGAGACUACUUUUAGGGGGGAGGUGGUAAAGGGAGGAGGAGAAAGUUAAUUAUAAAGAAAAAGAAAAGUCAGCUUAAGAUUUCCUUAUACUCUAGUUCUCCUAGGAGAACUAUGUCUCGUGUUCCUUCCAAUUUUCUUUGCUAUUUUUCCCUGGGGCUUUCCAUAUGUGUGUUCAUAGACUGACCGGAGGUGUUCGCAAUGUCAUAGACUGACCAGAGGUGUUCGCAUAGACUUACGAUGGACAUUCCCUCCCCCGAGUGUUGUGUAUAUAUCACUGACAGGCAGCAUGUAUUUCAUCUUUACACUUACUUUAUGUAUUUACACUGAGCUACAACUCUAUAUAUAUACAUUUAGAAGCAAUAUUAUGUGCAGCUGUUUUUAAUAACUCUAUGUGACAAUGAAAAUGUGCCAGUCAAGAUCCUUUCUUUGUCAAGUUUCGCUUACGUUUACUUUGAGUCCUUUAACACUUACAGUGCUGAAGGUUCAUAUAGUGAAAAGCCCUCAAGUACCACAUCCGUUUAGAAUGCUGAAGCUGAUUUAUAUUUUUUUAAAUUAAAAAAACAUUGGCAGCCCCAGAAACACGGUUUAAAAAUUCUAAGAGGUUCAUCAACCAUUCAGUUAUCAUAUAGGGUGACUGCCUUUGGUAUUUACUUCAGUUCAGUGCGUCUAUUCUUUGUUUAAUUAUGUUUAGUGUACCUGGUUGCGUCAGCAACUAAAGUCACCAGCAGUCAUGAGCGCUUACAUAUGUACUAAGGCCUAGCGACUAAAGUCGCCGACGGUACGGUACUGUAAGUGUUAAACAUUGCAAUUUUUUAAAUUCUUUAAAUUUGAACUGGCAUUGUAGAUUGUAAUUGUAGAUUCUGUUUACUCUUUCCUCUUUUUGACUGCAGUUGAAUGGGGAGCAGCAGUGUUGAUCAUACAAGAUUUGCCAAAUAUGUCUCAUCGUAUUUAUUCCAUUAAAUAUUGAGCUCGAUAGAUUUGCCCUCUAUCAGACUACUGUGGGUAUAGAUAGACCUGUUUACGUUUUCACUGAAGCUCUGCUGAGAAAAUGCAGUUCUUUUGUGGUAAUUUUGAGUUGGUUGCAUUGCACUAGAAGCACAAUUUCUUCAAAAUACUUCUUAGUUUUAUAUUUUGUUGAAAUAUUAUUCUUUUUUAGUAGGAUUACUUCCUGAAUCAUGUGAUAACAAGAUAGUGAGGAGUUAUUUUGGCUGUCGUCUUGCACACAAGCACACUGUAGUGGAGCAACUGUUUAGCUCUAAGAAGUUACCUAGCUUUAAACGUGUGUUUACGAAAAAGUUUGUCCUGACAUGUAACCACCUUUUUAUUUUUCAGUUUUUGUCUCCCGUAAAUUUUGUACCUACAGCAUAUUUAAGUUUCUAGUACUGUACAAUAACAUUUAUUAGUUAUAACUGGCGUAUAGAUAACAUCCCAAUCUAGUGUAACAAAUUUGUAAAAUUUCAUGUAAUUCUAGGUUACAACUGUUAUUUGAUAUAAUAACCUAUUACUACUAGCCUAAUAAUAGAAGAAGCAUACGGAGAUGGUAUUAUUUUUUUUUAAUUGAUGAACAUAGAGAAGGGUUACUUCCUGUUACAUCAUUUUUAAAUUCCAUACAAUGUGACUGGUUUUUGUUUAUGUGCUGCAUGUUUUUGUUGCGAAUAAUUUCAUGUGAUUCUCCUUUGUCUCUUGUAUAUUUCAGCCAGUUUCCCAUGCUUUCCAUGCAUAAAAAAAUACUGCACUAGACUAUUUUGUUAUUUGAUACUCAGUGUUAUUAAUAAAUCGUCAAUAUAUUGUUAAUACUU